AUGGCCAAAUACAAUGCUUUGUUAAUCAGCUUUGACAUAGCCAAACAGCUAGGGGUGAAAUAUCUAGAGGCGUAUGGUGAUUCACAACUCAUCGUCAACCAGAUAAAAGGAGAAUAUGAAGUUAGAAAUGAAGAUCUCAUUCCAUAUCACACCGCAGCCAUUGUGCUAACCAACUCCUUUGAAGGUUUCUACAUUGAUUAUAUACAUCGCCUCAGGAACACAUAUGCUGAUGCAUUAGCAUCACUUGCAGCUACACUAGCUUUGCCUGAAGGAGCUACCCAACAAGUCACGGUAGCUAGCAGACAGUUGUUCCGACCCAAGUAUGCACUACAAAUUAACGCAGUCAAUGAAAUGUCGGAACCUCUCGAACCUAGAGAUUGGCGAUUCCCGAUCAUUAAUUAUGUCUUGUAUAGCUUACUGCCCGAAGACAUCAGAGAAAGAGAAUCUGUUCGUAGAUGA